GGGACUACAGCUCCCGGCCUGCCCGCCGCUCUGCCUCAGCUGGCGGCGCCAAGAUGGCGGCGGCGGUACCAAGGGACGGGGACUUCGCCGCCCUGCAGAGCCUGCUGAAGGCGCCUUCGAAGGAUGCUGUGCGGCAGCUGUGCCAGGAGUGCUUCUCCAGUCCGGCCGCCGGCCUCGGCCCGCUGGCGCUGCGAGCCUGCCCCGGCCUCGCCCUCAGCCCCGAGGAAGCACAGCAGCUGGUGUCUGCUUUGCACAGCCUCACCAGGCACGUGGUGUACCGCGGCUUGACGAGGGCAGAAGAUAUCCUCGCUCUCUUCCCAGAAAACUUCCACCAAAACCUGAAAAACCUCCUGACUAAGAUAAUCUUGGAGAACAUCUCUGCUUGGAGGAAUGAAGCACAAGCAAGUCAGAUCUCCCUGCCUCGCCUGGUUGACAUGGACUGGAGGGUGGACAUCAAGACAUCUUCAGACAGCAUCAGCAGAAUGGCAGUCCCCACCUGCCUGCUUCAGCUGAAGGUCCAGGAAGAUGUUGCCUUGUGUGGGAGCAGCCCUGUGGUCUCUGCAGUGACUGUGGAGCUGAGCAAGGAAACCCUGGACACCAUGCUGGAGGGGCUGGGCAGGAUCCGGGACCAGCUCUCCGCCGUUGCCUCCAAAUGACCGCAGGGAGUGCAGCAGGGAG